CAGACGUUUCAACCAGGUUUUUUUGAGUGACGCUCCUUCGUCUCGAGUUGCGUAAGACAAUACAUUCCGUUGUCUUAAACGUCGGCCGAAACUUGUAUUUUACUACCUGGGCAUAACACUGACCUGACUGAAGGAAAAUGUCGGAACGAAAAGUUUUGAAUAAAUACUAUCCGCCGGAUUUUGAUCCGUCCAAGAUUCCUCGCGUCCGCCAAGCUAAAAACAGGCAGUUUACCGUCCGCUUGAUGGCGCCGUUUAACAUGAAGUGCAAGACGUGCGGCGAAUAUAUUUACAAGGGUAAAAAAUUCAACGCCCGGAAAGAAGAUGUCGAAAACGAAAAUUACUUGGGUAUUCGCAUCUAUCGCUUCUACAUCAAAUGCACUCGAUGUUUGUCAGAGAUUUCAUUCAAAACCGAUCCCCAAAGCACAGAUUACGUUGUUGAGGCGGGCGCUACGCGUAAUUUCAUGGCUUUGAAGCUGGCCGAAGAACAGGCCGUCCGCGAGAUGGAGGCCGAAAAAGAAGAGGAGCGAACUAACCCCAUGAAACUGCUGGAGAACCGUACCAAAGCUUCUCGGGGCGAAAUUGAAAUGGUCGAAACGCUGGAAGAGCUAAAAGAGUUGAACAAACGCAAAGUGGUUGUCAAUUUCGAUGACAUGCUUUAUCGCUACGACGAACAACGCCAGUCGGAAGCGGCGGCGGCGGCCGCUGCGGAAAUCGAAGACGAACAGUUGAUUAAGUCCGUGUUUGGCGAACGAACUACGAGAGAAGAUGGCACGAUCGUGAAAAGGCUCGUCGAUGAUGGAGGAUCGUCCGACGAAGACAAACGACCAAAGAAACAAGCCAAAAUGCUGACGAUUAAAGCGACUGAUCUUCUAGCUGCUCCUUUAAACAAUGCCCAAAAAAAUAAGAAACCCAAUCCACUAGUUAAAAUUAAGACGGCGCUAAUCAAACCCAAUUCCGUCGCAGCUUCUACCAGCACCACCACUAUCUCAUCCACAGCUCCUUCUACUUCAACGACCGCUCCUCCAGCUCCUUCUCCCAUCGUGAAAUCGUCUCUAGGAGGCUUGAGUCUUCUGGGUUCUUAUUCAGACUCAUCUAGCCAUUCAGACAGUGAUAAUUGAUUAACCGAUCAAACGCCUUUCAAACGAAUGUGACGUAUUUCGUUUCAUGUGCAUUUGUACAUCUCAAAUGAUUUGUUUUUCAAAUACACGCAUUCUUAACCCUA